CGAUGGAAGAGCUCACUAGAAAAUCUCAAGUCUGAGCCUGGUGUGAUGGAAAUUGAUGACCUUGUAUUCAAUCCAAACAUAAAGAUUGGAAAUGGAUGCAAUGGACCAGAAGUCUUUCCAGGACUCUUCUGCAACAGCCCUGUGGCAGUCAAGCGAAUUCCUAAGCAUAUCAACAAAAGCCAAUUGAAAAUAGCUAACCUUCUAUGUUCAGACAGAUUAAAAACCAAACAUCUGUUGCAGCCCCUUACUGUGAUUGAAGACACUUACUUGGCCUACUUAGUCUUGCCUCUUUGUGAAUAUAAUCUCAAAGACCUGAUCGAAAAUAAGGAUUUUCCUGAGAGACAAAACCUGACUGAGCAGUGGAGACUGGGAAUCUGUCAGGAGUUAUUGCUGGGACUUCAGGAACUGCACUCACAUGGAAUGUUGCACGGAGACCUGAGGCCUGAAAACAUCCUGUUUGAUAUCAACAAUAAAAUGUGUAUUGGAGACUUUGGAGCAAGCAGAAAUCUGGAUCCUGCAUCAUUUUCACUAACAGGUGGAACUUUGUCCUGGGCCAGUUAUGAGGAUGUUGGAGUUAUAAAAAGCAAAUACAAGAAGGAGUCAGAUAUCCAGGUAGCAGGGUACUUGGUGCAUUACAUCCUGACAGAUGGACAACAUCCCUUUCAAACUACAACCCCAUACUUCAGUGAUCCCAUCGGGCUGACUCUUAACAUCAGAAUGGCCAACUUCACUCUUCAGUGUGAGAAAAGAUGGAGUGGGCUAAAAGACAUCAUUACCCGGAUGCUGAGCAGAUCACUUGAAGAACGUCCCACCAUCGAAGAAUCCCUUAAGGCUGUCAUGUGCUUGCCACAUCAGUCUGAUAAUAAUGGAGCCACAAACAACACUGGUGUUGAGAAUCAAAGAAAAGAUGGAACCCAAACUUCAGAUGAGACGGACCUUGCAGAGAGUACUGUCAGCAAUCUGCUUGACAUUUCUGACUGUAACCCGUUGCUUUCAUCUAUGACGGAAGAGGAAGAGGAAUUUUCUGAGUUUGAAAUGGCCGUCGAGGAAGAGGGUUCCCGUUCUUUGGUAAUGUCAGAUGAAAAAGUAGAUGAUGACUCACAAUCAAAGGAAGAAGAAACUACAGAACGUGAAGUAAUCCUCAGAAAAACACCUUCUAAAACUCAACAGAAGUCACAUGGCAGUAACUCUCAACAACAUAACGUCACAGUAAAAACAUCUUCAAACACUACACACUAUCGUGUCUAUGACAAGAAGAAUUAUUGUUUUUACUGUGGAAAGUCUUUGGCAAAAAUCACAAGACAUCUGAAGCAGAAGCAUUCAGACCAACCCGAUGUGGCCAAAGCACUCGCAUACAGGAAAGGAUCAAAAAUGCAGUCCUUGCUUUUGACCAAAGUAGCAAACAUGGGAAAUUAUCAACACAACUGUUCUGUCCUGUCCUCUGGGGAAGGACAAAUCAUCCCAAAAAGGCAAGCGACACGUGAGGUAGCUGCAGCGAACUACCUACCUUGCAAGUUUUGCUUUGCUAUGUAUGUGAAGACAGAUCUCUGGAGACACCUCAAGCGUUGCAAACUCCGAGGGACAGAAGCUAGCAUUGUGACAAGAAAUGUUCAGACAAGUUCUUCCAUGAUGUUGCCCAUGAAUACUGUGAUUUCCAUUGGACUUAAAACGGUUCUCCAGGAAAUGAUGUAUGACAAUAUCACACUGUUAGUAAAGGCUGACUCCCUUAUUAUUUCACUGGGUGAGAGAAUGUUCCUCAAAAAUGGAGAAGUUGGACGCCAUCGAGCGGAUAUCAGAAAUAAGAUGAGGGAACUUGCUAGACUUGUUCUUGUUGCAAGAGACAUUGACAAGGACGUUGUCUUUUUGAAAGACUUGAUCUGCCCAAGAAAAUUCAACACGGUCCUUCAGGCUGUAAAACAGAUGACUGGGUUUAAUGAGUUAUCCAACAGAUUCGCAGUGCCCUCAACAGCACUAAAACUGCGGCAUUCUCUUGUGAAAGUGUCAUACAUUUUGCAAGGAGAGGCACUGCGUCUACAGGAUGAUGACUUAAAAUCAAAAGCAGAGCAAUUUGUCAAGUUAAUUGAACUGGAUUGGUCAACACAUGUAUCAUCCAAUGCCCUGAAAACGCUUUACCAGAAGAAAUGGAAUAUGCCGCAAAUACUGCCUUUGUCAGAAGACAUCAAAAAGCUCCAGGACCAUCUGAAAAGCCUUGAGGUAGUCUACAAAAAAAAUCUCAUUGAUCAACCAACAGCAAAAUCAUGGAGUGAACUCGCUCAAGUCACUCUGACACAGCUAAUACUGUUUAAUCGCCGCCGUGAAGGAGAAGUUUCAAGAAUGGAACUCAACACGUAUUUACAAAGGAGCCAACACGACAUGCAUGAUGAAGUUUUGGAGAGCCUUUCAAAGUUUGAAAGGAAACUUUGUGAGAAUCUCACCAGAGUAGAGGUACGGGGGAAAAGAGGCCGCAAAGUGCCUGUGCUGUUCACAACAAAUGUAAAAGAGUCUGUGGAUCUUCUGAUUAAAACUAGAGAAGAGGUUGGCAUUUCCCCGACCAAUCCCUACAUUUUUGCUCGUCCGUUUUUUGGCUGCCAAGGGAACUUUCGUGGAUGUGACAGCUUAAAACGGUUUGCUGAAAGCUGCGGAGCUAAACAACCACAGAAUCUCACAUCAACCAGACUACGAAAGCAUAUUGCCACAGUUUCACAGCUCCUAAACCUGCAAACUCACGAGCUAGACCAGCUGGCAACUUUCAUGGGACAUAAUAUUGAGGUCCACAGGGAAUUCUACAGACUGCCUGAAGAAACACUCCAAGUGGCAAAAGUCAGUAGAGUUCUUUUUGCUCUGCAAGGUGGAAUGAGUAAAUUCAAAGGGAAAUCUCUUGAAGACAUCACACCAAACAUCAACCCUGAGGAGGAAUCUAGUGACUCGGAUUCAGAUGUCCAAUCUGAAGGGACUCCUAUCAAAAAGAGUCCAAAAGAAACUCCAAAGGAUAAAAACCGUAAAGAAAGCACUGCAUCAUGCUCGUCAACUCGGGGCAUUAAAAAAUCGCCAAAGUCGCCAAGUAAAAUAGAGAAAUCCAGAAGACCCUGGUCAGACACCGAAAAAAAAGUCCUCCACAAGCAUUUCAAGGACUUCUUGGAGAAACUGAAGAUCCCUGGGAAAGUGGACUGUCAAAAAUGCUUAAAUAAUAAUCAGAUCCUAAAGGAUAAUGGAAGAGACUGGAAAGCAAUAAAAUAUUUUAUGUACAACAAAAUUGCAGCUAUAAAGAAGAGCUAAUAACAGUAAGGCCAGGAAUGAUUGGGACCUAAAUUCACGAACUUCACAUGAUGGACUAUCAAUGUGAACCUACUGGGAGCUCGCAUUAUGGUAGUCCAUGUAAAUGGAUCAUCAGUAUUUUAAAUUUAAAAUGUGAGCGGUGGAGGCAGAGGGCUGAUCAUCAUGAGCCUGGUUCUGAUAGAGGCUUCUUCCUGUUAAAAGGGAGUUUUUCCUUGUUGUGCCCUGAGAGAACAUUUGUUGGGACUUGGCUAACCUGAAUUGAAUUGUUGUAGUUAAGCUAAUUCCUUCUCUGUCGGGUCCUAAUUAUUAUUUUUUUGUUGUUGCUUAUUUUUUUCUGUUCUUGACAAAAUAUUAGAACCACUGUUUUGGAAAUUUUAUUAUUGUUUUUUUUUUUCAUCAGUUAUUGUUUAAAAGUUCUAUUACUGAAGUGCAAAGACUACUACUGCACAGUUUAUGAGAAUCUUCAUUUGACAAUCUGUCUUGAUAAUUUAUCAUGUGAAAAGCCAUUUGUACAGUAAAAGCAUGCGAGUAACUCCCAGCUUAUGAUUGUGUGAUUGCAUGUAG